AUCAGCUCAGACCUCGUCCCGAUUACUUUGGGGUUUGCUUCGAUUUCCUUGAUCAUACCCGACCCGAACCCCAAUUUUCUGGAUCAGAUAACACAAGUUACAGGAAUCUGAUAUGAAAUGGGGGAAAUUCCAUAAAUUCAUCUUCUCACCAAACAGCUUGUUACGUGUUGUCUGAGCACAUUUUUAUCCGUUAGCAGAUCUUUUGUGUCACUUGCAUCUUUUAUCUGUUAGCAAAGUUUCAUGUCUGAAUUCGAUCUCCAGACUCCAGCUGCUUUUGACCCUUUUGCUGAGGCCAAUGCUGAUAACUCGGGUGCUGGGUCAAAGGAUUAUGUGCAUAUCCGUAUCCAACAACGUAAUGGUAGGAAAAGCCUGACUACUGUGCAAGGGUUGAACAAAGAGUUCAGUUACAAUAAAAUCCUGAAGGACCUCAAGAAAGAGUUUUGCUGCAAUGGUACUGUUGUCCAAGACCCAGAACUAGGCCAGGUCAUUCAACUCCAAGGGGAUCAGCGUAAGAAUGUUUCAAGUUUCCUUGUUCAGGCUGGGAUCGUAAAGAAGGAACACAUAAAGAUUCAUGGUUUUUAACUGCCAACAGCAAGUGAGACAGUGUGCAUUCAUCGGGUGUCAGUGCCAGCGUAUAGUAGUAUCUGAUAUGCUAUUGUAAACUUUGAAAAAUUUUAUGGUGUGGUUAGAUAUGUAUGCAGUGUGUGCUGUUGUGAUGGGAUGCUUCUUAUUUCCGAGGUUUAUGCUAAAUAAUUGUGACUUGUGCCUGGCAAACAUCAUUCAGUCUUGUCUUGUCUUGUCUUGGUU